CUCUUUCGCCUGCCAAAGCACCGCCUCCACCUCCCAGUGACGGGGAAACAGCGGCUGGGGCUUUCCCACAGCCAAGUCUACGGAGGAGAGGUCUUUCCCGUCCCUGUCCAAGGAGAAGGAGAAGGAGAAAGAGGAACUCCAGCAUGGAAGCCAUGUCUUGCAACAACUCAGAUGAACCCCCUACUUCCGCUAUUUUCUUGGACACCUGCCACUUCUCUCAGGUCAUCUUUACAAACGUGGAAAAAUUCUACGUCCCUGGAGGAGACAUAACUUGUCAUUAUAACCUUUCUCAGCAGAUCAUGCCACGCAACAAAGACUGGGUGGGCAUAUUCAGGGUGGGAUGGAAGACGACUCGCGAAUAUUACACUUUCAUGUGGGCACCUUUACCAAGCAAUGCCAACAGCAGUGAUGCUGAACUUCAACAGGUGCUUUUCAAAGCUUACUACUUGCCAAAGGAUGAUGAAUAUUACCAGUUUUGUUACGUUGACCAGGAUGGACAAGUCCGUGGGGCCAGCGUCCCUUUUCAGUUCCGUGCAGAGGCUGAGGAUGACAUGUUGGUGGUGACUACACAGGGAGAAGUAGAGGAGAUUGAGCAACAAAAUACAACCUUGCUUCAGGAAAACCAGAAUCUGAAAGAGAAACAAGCAAGCCUCCAAGAACAGAAUGAGGAUUUGCAGAAGAAACUCAGAGUUGCAGAGGGCGAAAUGAAGGAGACUAUGCAACAAAAUACAGCCUUGCUUCAAGAAAACCAGAAAUUGAAAGAGGAACAAAUUAGCCUCCAGAAGCAGAAUGAGGAUUUGCAGAAAAAAGUCACGGUUGCAGAGGAGGAGAAAAAGGAAUUUGAGGAAAAAGUCCGUCUGCUGCAGACUGGGACGAUGGAGCUUCAGAGAGCUCAGGACCGACAGGCUUUAGAGAUAACCUCUGCUCAAACUGAACUUGCUGCUGCCAUGGAAAAUAAUAUCAAACUGCAGAAGGAAAAGGAGGUUCUUGAAAAAAGUUUGGAUAACUUAAGGCUCAAUAAUGAGAAAGUCAAUGAAGAAGUCAGUCGUCUAAAAAAGCAGGUUACUCUUCUGGAAACACAGAGCAAUUCUGCAGAGACAGCACUGUGCCAGGUCAAAGAAGAGAGAGAAAAUAUAUUGAUUGAACAUGAACAGCUGCAAAAGAAGCUUAAAACCACCCUGAGUCAUAUCGAUCAGCUUCAGUCAAAGCUGCAGAGUCAACAGAAAGAAGCGGGAGAUCUGCAGCGUGUAGUUCAAGACAAAUCCAGGCACCUGGAACAACUGAAGGAAGAGAGUCGUACAUUAAAUGCAGCUUUGCUCAGACAACAAAAUUUGGAGGAGGAACUGAAAGAGAAAACACUGCUGUUUCAGACUCUGCAGAAGGAAAUCAAUGAAAAGGAAAAAGAGAAUCAGUGUUUAAGAAGGGAAAAUGAAGGACUGAUGGUACACCUUCCAGAAAUGAUAGAUCAUCCACCAGCUGGGCUCUUAACUCAGUCAGCAGAACAUUCAGGUCUUUUAUUUGGGAAUCCAUAUUCUGCCCCAGAGAUUCCUGAAACAGAUUUGGUCUCUGUGAAAAAAUGUCCUAUGUGCAGCAAAGUUUUCCUUGAUGAUGUUGAAGAGCAGGAGUACGUGGAUCAUGUACAGAGCCACAUCCUGGAAUGUUCGACUUGCCAUGAGUCUUUUGACAAUAAGCAAGUUUAUGAUGACCAUGUCUACUGUCAUACGUUAGAUGUAACACCUCCUUAAACAUUAAACUGUAAGGGAUUCUAUCUGGGUCUUUUUGCCCCUUACUUUUCUCGUUGUGUGAUCUGGAAGUGACUGACAUGGAAUGGGUUUUGUAAGAUGAAGGGUUUGCUGCUGUUAAAUUUGAUUUGCCAUGAUUAUUGUAUUUAUAGCACUGACAAGUUCCUCUCUUGCACUAUACGACUUAGUCAAUUAAAUAUGCACUUUGCUUGCCUUGGGAAGAGAUACCUAUUGUUUAUCUUAUCACGUCUUUCAACCGGUUAAAUCUUGGUGCUGGUUAUUAUGAAAAGAGGUGGUAUUUCUCCCCUGUGCAUGUUGCUAAGGAUCCUGUCACAAUACAUUGUUGUAGCACUGUUAUUGCACUGCCAUGGCAUCAUCUUGUGGAAUUCUAGGGUUUAUAGUUCAGUGAGACACUAGAGCAGUGAUUCUCACCUGUGGGUCCCCAGAAAUAAUAAUAAUAAUAAUAAUAAUAAUAAUAAUAAUAAUAAUAAUAAUGUAUUGUCGAAGGCUUUCAUGGCUGGAAUCACUCAGUUCUUAUGGUUUUUUUAGGGCUAUAUGGCCAUGUUCUAGAGAAAUGCCUCUAGAACAUGGCCAUAUAGCCCGAAAAAACCCACAAGAACUGAAUAAUAAUAAUAAUAAUAAUAAUAAUAAUAAUAAUAAUAAUCUUUAUUUAUACCCCGCCACCAUCUCCCCAAUGGGGACUCGGAGUGGCUUACAUGGGGCCAAGCCCCAACAACAUAUUACAUCAAAAUAAAACCAAAACAUGAACAACAAGCAACAUCAAAAGGAAAAAAAUAUGAAUAAAAUAACAAAAUAACAUUACAAUAAACAAAAAACACAGUUGCAGUAACAGUGGGGGGCCAUGUGUACAGGAUAAAAAGUUAAAAACUCUAAUGAGAUGAAAAUAGGAGCAAGUUAUUUGCAGGGAGCUCAUAAAGACACAGGAUUGUGAAACUAAACUUCCCAUUUGGGGGGGAGGGGUGUACUCCAGUGACAGAAGCGUUGAGGGGAGCAAUAGUGUCCCAGUCACUUUACCAGCUGUUAGGAUUUCUGGGAGUUGAAGUCCAAAACAUCUGAGGACUCACAGGUUGAGAACCACUGCACUACAGUUUUCUGGCAGAUAAUUACAAAUGUCCCUCCAUACAUUGCAAACCCCAGGAUUCUGUACAAUGUUGAUUUGGCAGUUAAAUUCGGAAACAGUACUGUAACAGUGUCGUGUGAUAGGGCCCUAGUACUGAAUAGCCAUUCUUUUCCUCUUCUAUGUUUGUAACAGGCAGGGAUCUCUCCAUUGUAAGCUAUUUGUUCUGUAAUAUAGUGUGUCUAGUUGUGUAAAUAAUAGUCCCUGAAAACCUUCGUUUGCUUUGUUCAUGGUAAGAAAAGGCAUAAUCCUGAAACAAAAUGCAAGAGUGGUGGCAGCCCUACUGGCUCCUGGCUUCUUGCUGUUUUCUGUAUGGAUAUAAGAGGAAAGUCUGUGUUCCCACCUAUGUUAUAUCAUAUAUUCACCAUAAUGCGUAAAGUAGGAGGUCAGAAGAGGGGGAAAUGGAUUGUGUUUCACUUGCAGUCUAAGCCUUCUCCAGCCUUGCAGGGUAUUGGGCUUCAUAAUCUUGUGUUUUCUUCUUAUAGUCUAGUGCAGUGGUUCUCAAUCUGUGGGUUUUGUGUGUUUUGGCCUACAACUCCCAGAAAUCCCAACCUGUUUACCAGGUGUUAGGAUUUCUGGGAGUUGAAGGCCAAAACAUCUGAGGACCCACAGGUUGAGAACCACUGGUCUAGUACUUCUAGAGUACAGGUUUCAAACUCAUUUUCACUGAGGAUCACAUCAACCUUAUGGUUGCCUUCAAAAAGCCAUUUGCAAUUGUAACUCUGGCCCCUUCCACACUGCUGUGUAAAACCCUACAUUAUUUGCUUACAACUGGGAUAUAUGGUAGUGUGGACUCAGAUAUCCCAGUUCAAAGCAGAUAUUGUGGGAUUUUCCGCCUUGAUCAUCUGGGUUAUAAAUUUGUGUGGAAGGGCCACCAGUUGCCCUGGCACUGAAAGCCUUGCGGGCCACAUCCUUUAGAAUACAUGUCUAUCCUCCAGACAUGUAUUCUAGAGGAUAUGUGGUGAGGAUGGCUGAUCUUGGCAUAAUUUCAUGUCCAGAAUCACUCUAUGAUUGCAUAGAAGGAUGCUGUUUUCACCAGAAUUGCCUUUUGCCUUACUUAACAAAUAUUUUCCAAGAAGGCUGUUUAGCGAAGUGAAACACAAGUGGUUAUAAUGUGAGCAUUUCAUCAGUUCUAACCCUACUCUUAAGUUCACCGUAGCAAUGCAAAUAGCUGCAGAUUCCAUUUUCUCUGCACAUCUCUCACCCUCAGGUACGCAACUGGGGAAGAGGGUAGCAUUUCGCACUCCUUGGGGGAGAUACCUGCUUAAGGGCCCCCUCGGUUGUGGGACAAGUUCACCAGAAAGUGCUUCUGUGUACCUACUUGCUGAAAAGCAACAAGCAAAUAGCAGCAUGCUUUUUAACCCAGAUCAUAAUCUCAGGAUGAAAUUUGUAGUAAAUUAUUCCCUCAACAAACCAAAAAUAAAGGGACAUAAGGGCCCCUGGUGGCGCAGCAGGUUAAAGCACUGAGCUGCUGAAUUUGCUGAUCGAAAGGUCGGCAGUUCAAAUUGAAGGAGUGAGGUGAGCUCCCGCUGUUAGCUCCAGCUUGUGCCAACCUAGCAGUUCAAAAACAUGGAAAUGUGAGUAGAUCAAUAGGUACCGCUUCCAUGGGAAAGUAAUGGUGUUUCAUGCAGUCAUGCCGGCCACAUGACCUUGGAGGUGUCUACGGACAACGCCGGCUCUUCAGUUUAGAAAUGGAGAUGAGCACCACCCCUCAGAGUCAGAAACAAGUAGACUUCAUGUCAAGGUGAAAACUUUACCUUUAGGGAAUGACAGACAGACAUACUGAAGCAUAGUGAAUUCUAUUGUCAAAGGCUUUCAUGGCUGGAAUCACUGGGUUGUUUUUUCAGGCUAUAUGGCCAUGUUCUAGAGCAGUGAUUCUCAACCUGGGGUCCUCAGAUGUUUUUGGCCUUCAACUCCCAGAAAUCCUAACAGCUGGUAAAUUGGCUAGGAUUUCUGGGAGUUGUAGGCCAAAAACAUCUGGGGGCCCCAAGUUGAGAACCACUGUUCUAGAGGCAUUCUCUCCUGAUGUUUCGCCUGCAUCUAUGGCAAGCACCCUCAGAGGUUGUGAGGAUGCUUGCCAUAGAUGCAGGUGAAACUUCAGGAGAUAAUGCCUCUUGAACAUGGCCAUAUAGCCCAAAAAAACCUACAACAACCCAUAGUGAAUUCAGUUGGAGAUUUUUUUGGGGGGCGGGGAGAGAGAUUGUACUACUUAACAUUGCAUGUUAAGAUACUUCUCUUAAAAACAAAUUUACACAGAAGUCCUAGUGAUUUCGUGGGCCUUCUGAUGUAGCAUGUUUUAGGAAUUCCAUGUCAAAACAAUUCAGAGCCACUUUUCAAUGAGUUUCAUAUGGAAACAGAAGAGCAGGAAUGGGACUGAGCAAUCUAUCCUGCUACUUUUUAAGACGACAUUUGCCAUAUCGUAAUAGGUUGAAUUCUGUACCUGCCGUCCCACUUUUAGACAAUGCAAAGUAAUUCACUAAUAAAGUCACACCAUGGAAGGUGUGAGGCUCCAGGUGGUGUUAGACUUCUACUCUAAUUAUUCCUGGCCAUUUUAGUCAGUGGAGAGAGAUAAGAGGCACUGUCAUCAGCAUCUGGAAUGCCAUAUGUUCCCCUUUUAUGUGAGCUAACUGUUAGGGUUUGGAACUUUAAUAUCACAGAGUACAUGUCCAGAUAAGGCAUUGCCUUCCAUCUUGAGUUGCUUGCCCUUGUAUAUUUUUCCCAGACUGUGAGUUAACAGCAAGCUACUUAGAAGGGCCUCAUUUAAGCAGCUCAUGGAAUAUAAAGCUCAGGGCCUAGAACCAGUUCUGUUUUUUAAAAACCAAAACCAAAAAUACUCACCCGUCCUAUUGUAUUCACUGCCGCUAAAUGCUGAUCGGUAGCUCAGGAAUCAAUCACCUAACAAAUGAAUAUUUUAAUACACUGUGAGCUUUUAAUGCUGAGUUGGAAAUGGAAAGGCUAAAUCCAAAUGUUGAUUCAGUAAAUCUCCAUGAUGGUAAGAACUGAACAGGUUUCCCGUGUUUCUUGAAAAAUACUAUUCUUAAAUUGUUAUUUUGAUAUUGAUAGCACAUAUUCUUCUAUGCAAGACCAAAUGCUGUAAUGAUGGUCAACUACUUAUAUUUUGCUGUGUUCUAAUUACUGAUAAAUACCCAGUGCUGUCGGCAGAAGCAUUUAUUUUAACUAUAAUGGCAACUUAUUUUUAAUUAUAUUUAAUAUUACUUUUUGAAUAUGGUGUGUUAAAAUCUGCUACUCAUGAAAAUCUAAAAUUGUAUUGACUGACUUCCUAUGCUUUAAAUAAAUAGACUGAAGUAGUCCUCUUA